CACCAGCCGGAGUGAUGGAGCUUGGCCAGCCCGCAGCGUCAGACGUCGGCCCCGGUGUGACAGCAGGUGAAGAACGGCGUGUGCAGCGCCGGGGACACAGCUGAGGCUCCAGCACGCUGGCAGCCUCCAGAAGGGCUCCAUCCCAACCUGCUCCCAGCUGCAUCAGGUGUUGGUGUCCCUGCUCUGCACCGCCACAGCUUCCCUGCAGCAGUUUAUCGCAGACACAAAUACACCGGGAGGGCUUGGCAUUAUUCAGCAGAGUGCUGAGCUAAGACGUGUUAAACUCUGCAAACAGAGGCCCAGCUCAGCCCAGUGGCUCCAUUCAGCAUCCUCACACCCCAGUAACACCUCAUCAGCAGCUGCAGCACAACCCAAGGAGCCGGGUAUUAUCCCCAAAUCACCUGUCCUUGAGAAAUAUCACCCUGAAUUAUCACCCAUUGACAGGGCUUGCUGGAGGGGGCACAGACCACAGAGAUUUUACAAAUGUUCUCAGGUCCCAAUUCGCCGACAAGCCCUGUGAAUUUAGCGUGAGUUUAGUUAUUUUGGGAAAUAACUCAAACCUGAGGCUGGCCGUAACUGUGCUCAAUGCAGCUGCAGCUCCUCAGACCCCGCUGAAGAUUCUACAGGCAAGGAGAGGGCCAGGGCCGUCCUGUUUAGCUGCUCCUUAAAAAGCAAGAACUAAAGCAAAUCCCGAGGAUGGGAGCCAUGGAGGAGGAAAAUGCAGUGGUGUUUCUGGUCAAAAUCAGGCACACUUUGGCUUAAUCUGAGUGAUAUUGGUCUGCCCAGCUAUAGGGAGUUACGGAGGGCCUGGAGGGAGGAAAUGAAACAACACAGCAGCAGAGAUAGACAUGGCUGGUGGAGACAUCUGGGAUCCUUGGGGAGAGGGGCUGGAAAUGCUGCCAGCUCUUCAGCCUGCCUAAAUGAAAUCCUUCCAGGAUGCUGGCAGAGGUAGAUGGAGGGGCUGGAAGCCCCUGUGCGGCUGGCUCUGACACAGACCCAGACCACACACUGCUGGCUGCUGGAUUUGCUCUCGGCAGGCGAAAAUUACGGGGGCUCCCAGGCGUGGGGCGGGCCCGUGGGGGAUCAUGCAGCAGCCCCCCAGGGCUCGCUCGGUGGCGCCAGGCUCUUUGCAGAAAACGAAACUGCUGUGAUUUUGAGGAACCUGAAACCCGAAACUCCCGUGCUGGUGACGCCUGCCUGUGCUUUGUUGGCGGCCGAGCCCCGUGCCAGGCUCGGGGGUGGGGCUGUCUCGGAGGUGCCGAGCCACCCCCGCGCCGGGACCCUUCGCACACGGCAGCACAGCGGUGCUCCAGGGUGGUAUCGCCGCUCCAGCCUCCGGCCCUUCUCCGGAACGUCUGCCCGCCGUGGGACGUGGAGCUUCAGAGCAGCUUGGGCCAUCGGCGCUCGGCGGGGUCCCGUCAGUGUAAGAUCUCUGACUUGUAGCAAUGGGGAGACCCAGGAAGGAGUCUGCUGGCACAUCGUCCCCCCGACCGGCCACAACCGCCUCCAGAACUGCCCCCGCUGCGCCCCCGCCUUCCACUUCAGCCACCCGGGCCAAGGCCACAGCUGCAGGGAGCCAGUCCCGAAGCACCUCGGCUGCCAAGGCUACCACCCCCUCACAGGGGCGGGGGACAAAGGCAGACUCUGCUCAGCCAAGAUCCACAGCAUCCCGCGGAGCCCGAGGAGAUGCUGGGGACAAGAGCAGGGCACCCACCAGGAGUUCUGCGACCCAGAAGGUGUCUGAUGCCAAGGGAGCCACUGGUGCUGCCAGAACUGACCUGUGCCCACAGAAGAAGCAAACUGGGGCUGACCCGAGCAAGGCCUGUGACCGGUUCCUGCCCCCUGUAACAAGCCAGGACAUCCCGAGGGUGGAGAAGGAGACCCGAGGCCAGCGGGAGAACCCCAAGUGGUACGAGUGGCGGGAGAACCGCAUCACUGCCUCCGUGGCCCCCAAAAUUGCCAACAGCAAGUUUGCCAACAGUAAGACAGACGAGGUGCCCAAGUCCUACCUAAAAGAGGUGGUGGGCUCUGGCUCCAAGGUGCAGACCCCAGCCAUGUCCUGGGGGAUCCGCAAUGAGAAGGUGGCGGUGGAGGCCUACAAGCAGAAAUCACAGAAGGGAGGCAAGCCAGUGCAAGUGGAGGACUGUGGCCUUUUCAUUCACCCAGACAAGAAGUGGCUUGCUGCCAGCCCGGAUGGGAUCAUCAAGGAUGCAGCCACAGGGAAGGACCUGGGGCUGCUGGAGGUGAAGUGUCCCUACAAGCACAGGAACAGGACGGUGCGUGAGGCCUGCAAGGACAAGGACUUCUGCCUGGAAGUGGAUGGGGAUUCCUAUGCCCUGAAGAAGAAUCAUCCCUACUUUACCCAGGUCCAGUGCCAACUGGGAACCACUGGCUUCCAGCGGGCCGACUUCGUGGUGCACACCAACAAGGAGACAGCUGUGGUCCCUGUGGAGUUUGAUGGGGAGUUCUGGGGGAAGACGGUGCCCAAGCUGGAGAAGUUUUACACGGAGGCAGUGAUUCCCCACCUGGAGGAGAAGGCAGGCAGCUCUGUCUGGGCCAAGGAGGAAUAGACCUGCCUGCCUACCUCGGCUGGAUAGUUGCUUGGUUGCAUGACUCCAGCUUUGUCCCCUAGCAUAGAAGUUACCCCCAGGUUAGUUGCUGUUCCUGAACCGUUCGCAGCCUUGAAACUGAAAAGUUGUACCAGCAGGACCCUACUUGUUAAGGGUCCCCACAAACAGUGCCUUUUUGCUGCCCCAGCUAGGUCAGCACUCAGCUCCCAGAGCCUUCUUGUCCUGUCACCCUCACUGCAUCUCUGACAUGUCCGAACAGCAUGCCUGAUGGAAGCUGGCAUACCUCUGGAUCUGCAAGUGAAGCAAAUGAUAUCUCUGUGUUGGAAUUAGAAGCUUAUUUUGUGGACAAAACUGGAACCUUUAGCAUCUCAAUUGCUGUCGGGACUAAUUUCUAACUGCACUCCAGAGUGGAGACAGAGACAAGGAAGGUUGGUCAGAACCCAAGAGCAAAACUCUUCUUUAGAGCCAAAUAGGGAUGUGCCUUAAGCAUUAGAGCCAGGGCACAUGGACACCCUUCCUCCCUGAGCCAUCAGACCUGCUGCUUCUGCGGAAUAACCCAUGACAGUCCCCGGGAGAUGCCUGCACGCUCUGGAACACGAUUCCCACUGAAGAGGUUGUCCCCCAGGCCGUGUACCCCCUGAGGACCUAGCCAUGGAGCAUCCCUGUAAACUGCAGCAGCAUGGGGAGGUGGUCAUUGCCAAAAUAAAUAUAAUUGUACUGGU